AUGGCGACUGCAACCAGUCUAGAGGCCGAGUCCUCGGGGCUUGUCAAUACCCUCCAAGGCCAUGUGGAUGAUAUCCGUACCUUACUACAAUGUGGAAUUUGUAUACGCCCGCUAUACGAGCCUUUCACUAUCGCCUGUGGGCACACCUUCUGUUAUUCCUGUCUAUCAUCAUGGUUUGCAGGUGGAAGAUCGAAAAGGACAUGUCCCGAUUGUCGAGCGCCCGUCAAAACGCAGCCUGCGCCGGCCUACUUGGUUCGAGCUGUCGUGAAAAUGUUCACCAGUCAUGCGGAGCUCUUGGAUACAGAAGAGACUACAUCGGAACACAAAAAGAACCACGACGAGGAAAUAGAGAAGCUGGACAAAGACAAGGCAAACACAGACCCGCAAAAAGGAGGUCUUUUCGGAGGACUUUUCGCGACAAAACCCGCCCAACUGAAACCUGUCAUCGACAUAGAAGAUGGUAUCAUGCGCUGUCCAAAUUGUUCUUGGGAACUUGAAGACGGCCAGCACUGCGCGGGGUGUGGGUACACCUAUCGGCCGGAUUCUGAGGGCUCAGACAACAGUGACUCGGAAUUGUCCGAUACCGAUUACGAUUCUAUCUUAGAUGGAGAUGAUGAGGACGACGACGAUGAGGAUGAGGAUGAUAUAGACGAGCCACAGGUGACGAGAUCUCGACCGCCCAAUUAUCCAUUCCACGCAUACGACCAGCCUACCUUGGGUGCGUUAUUCCGCGACUUGCACCCUCAUCCGUUCUAUUUCACCGCGUUUAGACCACCCCUCCCCGGCGGCAACCAAUCGUCUCCUUGGGACCCACCGCGUCCGCCGACCGAUUACGCUUCUGAAGAGGAAAUGGAAGAGGAGGAGGAUGACUAUUACGAAGAGUCAUUCAUUGACGAUGAAGAACAUGAAGAACAUACGCAACUCGAAACAGAGGCAUCUGAUUCCGAUCAUACUACAGUGAUUGGUAGGGCUCGUCCUCGCAACCCCAAUUCAUCUAUCGUACAGUACCCUCAAGUGCAUCGCCCUGCUUCCGCCGCCGAACUAGAGGAUUACGACUGGAACAGCGAAGAUGAGGAUGGACUUGCGGAACUUAGAGGACAAUGGGUCGAUGAGAAUGAAUCCUCUGAAGGAGGAUCCGAAGUCUCAACACGGGACCGACCCGAGCAGGAGAGUCAAUCAUCCGAUGACGAGGACGAAGAAAGCGAUGAAGAAAGUCGGCGAAGGCUGAGGGAGGCCUAUGGGUUUGGCGUAGCCAUACCCCCUAUCCGUUACCCAGAUUAUGGGAACGACGAAGAAAGCGAAGAAAGCGAAGAAAAUUCCAGCUCACCUCCAAGACCUAGAGUUUCAAGGACUAGAGGCUCAUCUGCUCAAAAUGCCAUCGCUAUUGAUGAUUCGGAUGAGGAGGAACCCGUUGGUCCCGUACGAAGAACAGCCCAUAGACGGCAAGCACGGUUUUCCCCGUACUGA